GAUUUAUUCAUUCAUUUUUGGUAGAAACGAGGUUGCAGAUAUGGGCAAUUAUACAAGGAUGGGGGGGAACAAAAAUGGGGGAUAUAUUAGGAAUAUGUAUAUAGUACUUCGCAAGGUGACGGGACUGUCUGCAGCAUACACAAAACAGCUCUACUCUGUCUACUCCAUAUAUACCAAAUCCCUUCACACCACCGCCAGCAUCACCAUCACCAUGUCGUCUGACGUCCGAGCCAUCACCGACCUCCUCAUCGCGUACGGUGAAUCCCUCAAGACCGGCAAAGUCGCCGAUGCCGUCAACCUAUACACUACCGACGGCGUGAUCAUGGCACCAGGCUUCCAGCCCUCGUGUGGCACCGAGAACCUGAUCAAAUCGUACACGCGCAUCUUCAACACGAUCCGCCUGGAGAUCGAGUCUAGCAUCGACGAGAUCACCGUGGCGUCGGACGAGUGGGCGUUUGCGCGGUCAACCGCUGCCGGAACCAAGUUUUGGGUGCAAAAGGGGACAAGCGAGACGCAUCAUAACCAGGAGCUCUUUGUGCUCAAGAAAGAGACUGGGGAGUGGAAGAUUGCGAGGUAUUGCUUUAGCAGUAUGAAGCCGAUUGCCUAG